AUCUGCUACCUGUGAUUCUACAGUAAUGAUAACUAUGUGUACCUGCAAAGUAUCUAUCCCAGAAAAACCAACUCCACUCAUCCUCACAUAGGGGCUAAAAAAAAUCAAAUCAAAAUCAAAACCCACCCAAAUAAUGAGCAAUGAGCAAUGAGCAACCCGAUCCUCUGCAAUAUUAAAAAAUAUCCCGCAUCCCGCAUUUGAAUCAGGACGUUCUCGUCCAAUCCAACGGUCUCCGUACGACCUCGCAAGUCGCAAUCAUGAAAUAAUAUCAUGAUCGGCGCACGGCUCGGAUUUCCACGCCAUGUUUAUUCCGCCGUCCGCCUGCAUGCAUGAUGUCCUGCCGUCUCCACUUCCUGCAUCUCGACGGUCGAGACCGAGACUCUUCUGCCUGCCUCCCUGGAUGUGUCAGCGUCUUUGUGUCAUUUGCCAGCGUGCAGACAAGAGUCUCCGGUGGGAUUCCGAAGCCACCAGUUACAGGCCCCCCUUCUUUGUUUCAUGUCGAGGGUGUCAGGGAUGAGGGUUUGGUGGUGAAGGGUCUCGAUCGAUCGAGGGAGGGAUGGCUGCAGAUGGGUUGUGUACGCCCGGGGCAGAUGUCCGUGUUCCCGGUUUCGUCUCUGUGAUCUGAUCGGAUUGUGUUACUGGGAUGGUUGGGGUCGGAUGUCGCCGGGGCUAGGUGUCGUUUGUGUGACGUGACUGCGUUGGCGACUUGGGAUAUAGGAUGGAUGAGAGUGAGCUUUUUCAUGUGCCAGUUAUUUAUUGGCUUGGUGCUCGCUGCUUAUGCUUUGCUGGUCAUGUCAUCCUAUUUGGCUCGUUUUGCCCGGCUUCUUCGGAUGUCUAACGGGGAACGGGCGAUGUUUUCUUGGGGUUUGAAAGAUAGGUGAGUGAAACAGUCAGUAAGAGGUGCUGACCUGCCUCAGGACUAUAUGCUCAUCGAUACGUCGGGGAAGCCACCAUAUCGCCCGCCGUCGAGCGAGUGAUCGAUGGAAGUGGGUGAGUACUUGUAAAGCUGCAAGUAGUGAGUGACCAAGUGGCGGUUUCGGUGAGCUAUUCUUGUUGAAGAGCAGACUCCAGAUUAGAUUGGACUGGUUGCAUUCGAUUAGAAAU